UGAGAUUUGGGGCCUGAACUGGGGAGGAACAGGAUCUUUUCCCUUGCAGAGGGCGCAGUGCCGGCUGCCCCUAAACCAGAACCUGGGGUCGGCCCUUCUUAUUGUUUGUCCGGUGGGGAACUCAAGCACUGGGGGAUGAAGGGACUUGCCCAAGGUCAGACAAAGAAUCUGGGGCAGAGGCGGCCAUAUGUCUCCUGGCUCCCAGCUCAGUGUGUUAACUACAAGCCAGCAGAGCAAGGCUGGAGACCUGGGUUCAAUUCCUGCUUUGGACAGCCCGCUGAGUGUGAGGGAUGGAAACCGUGAGAUGGUCGCCUCUGUGAAGCUCUGGCCCAUGCUGGUUGCCGUGACUCUCUGCGUGCUGUUCUGCUUGGGGGCGCUGGUGGAGGCCUACCCCCCUAAACCAGAGAACCCCGGAGACGACGCCUCCCCAGAAGAAAUGGCCAAAUACUUCUCUGCCCUUCGGCAUUACAUCAAUCUAGUGACAAGGCAGCGGUGCGUGUGUGCGGGUUGGGCUGUGCACGCAUUUGUGUUUGUGCAUGUGCUCGUGCACGCCCUGUGCGUGUGUGUCCGUGUGUCUGGACACGGGUGUCCGGGUUUGUGCAUGACUAUGUGUGUUUGGGCCAGUGCGGGUGUCUGUAUGUGUGUGUGUGUGUUUGUGUUUUUGCUGUGCAGGAAUCUCAUGGGUUUUGUGCAGGAGAGUCUGUGUAUGUGCCCAGGGGUUGCCGUGUCGGGUGCCCGGUGGUGGGGGGCAUGUUUGUGCACAAGCCCGGGACUCUCUGCACCUAUUUGUGCACAAGUCUGUGCUUUGUGGGUGGUUGUGUGUGUUGUGCCCUUUUUGAGCACGGGCAGUUAUGCACAAAUGUGGGUCUUUGUGCAUGACUUUGCCUGGGGUUUUUUUCCCUGUGUGGGUGUGUGUCUGAAUGGGGCAGGCGUUUAUUCCCCUAGCCCCCAUUUGCAGCCAGAUCUGGGUCUGCGGCGUCAUUCCCAGCUCCGUGUUCUCACUCCAGCGAGAAUCGUGAGUUUUAUUCUCCCUCUGCCCUGGAUAAUCUCCCAGUGUAGCCCGUGGAAGAGGCAGGCUGCUGGGUCCCCUGGCCCCUGGGAGGUCCUUUGGGGAGCACAAUGAAGACGGCAGCCAUGAAACAGCACAUUAAGCACCAGCUCCAUCAAUGCAGCUUGCCCCACGGGAGCCCGUUAGCCAGGGGCUAAUACAUGCUAAUUGCAAAGCAGAGGUGGCUGCUUGCAACCCUCCUCUGCCAGGCCCCAGCCCCUCACUUGCACAUCCCCCCAACCCAGCCCUUUCCACACACUAAGACACCCCCCCCCACAGCCCUCUCCACACACUCACACUGCCCUUGCACACUCAGACACCUCCCCAUGCCUUGUGCCCCCCUUCCCCCGCACCCUGGCACACUCCACUCUCACUGAUCCCAUCUGCCCCCCAUCCGUGCCCCUUCCCCCCUUUCUGAGUAGCUGGGGGGAUGCUGGGCUCUGGAGCCUGCCCCGGCCAGGCAGGGUCCGUGAACCCAGUGCUCUGUUUAACCG